AAUAGUAAGCAUGGACACCAUACCGAUAACACCACUCCAAAAGGGGUAGAAAAACAGGACGCCAUCAUGGCCGACCUGCCCGAUAUCGCGGUUUGGUGGCCACAGAAAAUGCCAAGCUAUGAGAAGUCGAUACGAUAGGAUUGAGCCAUGGACGUUGCCGUUGCGAAUGAAAAGGAGGGGAAGCAGGAAGUGGAUGUUGAUGGGGUACCGGUACAAGAGCUGUUGAGGGUUGUGCCUGUGGAUGACAGAAGAAAGACAACACUCUAUAAGGACGCACUGCAAUUGUACAGCGAGGGAAUUGCGGUUGAGAGGGACAUCUUGUUGGGAUCAAAUGGGGGCGCCAAUGAGAAAAGUGAAGCGCCUGGACAUCAAUUGGAUCCAGAAUUCCAACCAGAUGAUGGUAUCAUGGAUCCGCCUCGACUGGUUCGGACUCCCAGGUCUCAACCCAAGUCACUCCCAGGAGCCCAUCGUAUGUAUCCAUUGGGAUACAACAAUCGAGAAGAAGAAACUAUUGAUACUGAUAGCUGGGAGAACAGUCCACCGGCUUCGCUACAGGUUGCCCACGAAGGAGAAGAAGAACAGCCCAUUCAUGAUGCUGAAUUGACAAACAGCAUUUUAGAUUGCUCGUUGGUAUCGGCCAACCUCGUCGAAGAGAACAGCACCGAUUUUCUACCCAGUUUGAAUCUGGUUCGACCAGAUAACUAUGAUGCCGAAGCUGCCAACAGGAGAAAGCAACAAACCAAACAAGUCAAGACCAACAUUCUUCUGGGGAUUCUUGUGGCAGUAGUUGUCACUGUCAUUGUUGUUACCGUCGUGGUGGUACUGUUACCUGGAACAGACAAAGAGGCUUCUGACGAACCAGUGUCAAUGGAAUCAUCCGUCAGUCCUUCCAAGGCACCCUCGUCCUUCCAAGACUACCUGCUUUCUCUGCUCCCAGAGACUACAAUCAACAGUAUCCUACUAGAAAAUGAUGUAGAAUCACCUCAAUCCAUGGCAUUUCAGUGGCUGCAGAAAGACACAGCGGUGAACCUGAAUCUAACAGAUCAGAGAAUACAACAGAGGUUUGCCAUGUCAACACUCUUCUUUGCAACUGGUGGCGAAAAUUGGCAAAGCAACGACAAUUGGCUCAACCACACCAUUCACGAGUGUGAAUGGUACAUGAAACCUGAUUUAGCCUUGCAGGAUACCUUGAAAUGGGUCUAUCCUGGGUAUCUCAAAGACUUCUUCCCCCCUUCCGAACCUCCACCUACGAAAUGUAAUGAUGUUGGCGCGGUGCAGCACUUGUGGUUGGACCAGAACAAUCUUGUUGGCUCAGUGCCAGCAGAACUCUACAUGCUGACGUCGCUCAAGACUCUUUCCAUUGGAUUCGACCGGCUGGUUGGAACCAUAUCCACCCAUGUUGGAGCACUCACUGCUCUGGAAGGGCUCGCGUUUAACCUUAUCUACAAUGCUGGGGCGAUUCCCACCGAAAUUGGUCUACUUACCAACCUAAGAGGCAUUGGAUUGACCGACAACAAUCAUCAAGGGAUCUUGCCCAGUGAACUAUGGCAGCUCACCAACCUCCGAGACCUUAUUCUAUCCCGAAAUCCAGGGUUGAGCGGCAGUAUUCCCACAGAGAUUGGGACUUUGAGCAAGUUGCGGUGGCUCAACUUUGACGAUUGCAACCUUUCGGGCACAAUAGCUACGGAGAUUGGGCAGCUAGAGUCUCUGGAAUGGUUACUCCUGAACGAAAACAGACUCUCAGGCAGUUUCCCCACUGAAGUUGGAAAACUAUCUGCACUCCUGCUCCUUGCUCUGUUUGACAAUGCGCUGGAAGGUACUCUUCCCCCCGAGCUUGGGCACCUUUCCUCCUCGUCAUUGCUCAAUUUGCGAGGGAACCGGUUCGCCGGUGGACUGCCGAGUGAAGUUGGUCUUCUCACCAAUUUGACCAUCUCCCUUGUGCUUCGCAACAACACAUUCACUGGAAUGAUUCCUUCUGAGCUUGGGCUGCUAACAAACUUGCGGGAGAUAUCACUGGAGCACAACAACUUCUCUGGUCACAUUCCAAGUCAGCUUGGGCUGCUCCAGCAAUGGUUCGGCGGAGUAGCACCGCUUCAUACAUUGAACUUGCAAGGGAAUGCAUUAUUGUCAGGGACUGUACCGCCAGCAAUUUGCAACAUUACUGGAGAAUGCAUUCCAAACAGCUUGGACCCAUGCCAAGCGCCGUUUGGCCUGUUGUUUGAUUGUACUGAGAUCCUGUGUGGCUGUGAUUGUCCCUGUGUCUGAGGAAAGACUCUAGGUUGUUGCAGGCAGGAACUGGCAUACGGUAGUGGAAUAAAUCCUAAUUAAAUCCUAAUUCGGGCCAAAGACCACUCCUCUGAGGAAACCCUGUAUCAUACAUGUACUAGAAGCCUCAAAAUUUUAGUUCAUGAUCGGUAGCCACGUGGAUAGCAGGUCACCAAGGACACUGAACUUUGCCCAGCAUAUGCAUUCUUCAAAAGAAUCAAACGAAUCAAGCGAAGCUCCCAACUGAAGCAAUGAUGACACGGUUACUGUGUGGUUAGAGCGGACCCUAUCCUCGGAAAAGCUCGGAAGGCCGGAGUACACAGGAACGUUCGUAAAGUCUACGCUGCCGUGACUUGUACAAACAGUGAGGGGUCUCGGUACCCGUAGCACCUACCGUACGGUGCCCCGUAUUGUACGUCUCUUUUCGGUGACGUUCCGGCAGUAUUACAUGUAUCUCGAAGAAGUGGACUCGACUCCAAACUAACUGUUUUCUCUCAUGUCUUCAUCAAGAACUGUGAACGAUGAGCGAGCAAUGCUUCACUAUGGCAACGCUACCGAAGGUACCAUUUCUUUUGCGAGGCAAUUGUCCCAGCGGCAAAAGUGCGCUCCAUGGCAAGCCCCCACCAAUCUGAUCUCGUUGUCAAGCUAUGCUUUAUUUUAAAUGGAUUGUCAUUUCAUCAUUCGGGGAGGCUUGGCCCAGACGACGCUUUCAUGUUUGCCUCCAUUUCCAUUACCACCAAACCCAGGCUGACAAAUGGAGGAGGUUCCUUGCACAGCAAUUAUCACAAGUUCACCAUUCGACAGAUUGGUAAUAACCAUGUCCAUAGAUCUA